AUGCAACGAAACUCGCUCGAGCUGGCCGUGACACGAGAGAAAAAAAGAGCAUCGCAAGACGCCAGGCUGACCUGGAACGUUCCGCGGGACGCCGCUGCGCACUUCGGACAUUUUUACGGCGUACAGGAGACCGCGAGCAAACCGCGACCCGGGGAAAUUCAGAGUUCGUUGGACUCCGUUCCUCGAUCCGCGAGGACCGCGCCGAGGAUGGAGUUUACCAGACAGAUGGUUCACAAAUUGGAACGGACUGCCGGGACGGAGAACUACGCGCGACAAGUGUCCGCGUUAUUAGAGGAAACGGUGGAGCCGGCGCAUUUCAAGCUGCAUUCUAUGCCGGCCGAGAAUUCGAUUCCCGACGGCGGCAGGCACAAUAACCCCUGGGGAUAUCCGCUGUGGUACAAGGAGCCCCAUAAGACGCCGUUAGCUCCGGACGAGAUUCGGAAACUCCUGAGCAACGAAUCGAGAGGAGGGAAAGACAUCUUCGACGAGGAAUAUUCGGAGGAGGAUUCCAGCGAGGAAUUCACCGACGAACAGGAGGAUGCAGAUGAUUCCGUUUGGAGAAGCGCGGCCAAGGAAGAGGAAUCGGCGUUCAAUCUGUCGUCCGGUGGUUCGACGGAGGCGAAAGACACGGACGAUGCUUCCUCGGACGCCGCGAGCGACCGACUCCCGUUCCUACGCACCCAGGAAAUAAAUCGAAAACAACUGUAA